AUGAAUCUGCGGACAGUUACAAAAGCACAGGUGCGAUCGCCUACAGCUGACUCGAGUAUAUCGACUCCAAAAAGUCAGGCGAGCGACUCGCAAAGUACGCCCCGUCCACGCCGGAAGAAGUCCACAGGCAUUGCAGACACCAAAGCGAAGAGAGUGCGCACCGGAUGUCUUACUUGUCGCCAACGACAUUUGAAGUGCGACGAGGCCUUGGGACGGUGUCAUAACUGUCGCAAGUCGAACCGCGUCUGUCGCCGUGGUGUUCGUCUGAACUUUAUUGAUAUUCAAAAUGUGGCGCCUCCGCAUAUUGUCGCUCGGCCUCAUGGCGCGAAAGUGACGUUUCGCGAUGAUUCCCGCCUGAUCGCGUCGGAAUAUGUAGGCGGUUUCGAAAGAUACCCACCUGUUCAGCCGGAAAGUCCUGCUGAAGAGGUAAGACUUUUACAUCAUAGCUUCGAGGCUAUGGGACCUGAUGAUUUGACGAAUCUUUUCCAAUCUGUGGCUCAAUCGUUUGAUUCGUUAGACUUUGACGUUCCUCAUACAGGUAAUACUAAUUUUGGGACCGAUGUCUGGCAACAGCCUCAGCUGGUCUCGGGAGAUGAACUCCUACCGCAUGGAAUAUCUAACUUUGCGCGGAAGCUGGCAAAGGGUGAGGGCAGUCAUUCCCUCAUCACGGAUCCUGAGCAAAUGCUUCUAUUUUGUGCUUUUGUUGAACAUGUUGGGCCCAGAAUGGAUGCGAUGGAUGAAAUGAACCAUUUCACUCAUAUUCUUCCGUGCUACGCGCUCGAUGAACCCAUGCUGCUCAGGGCACUCUCAGCAUGUGGUGCUAGACAUCUGUCUCUCGUAGAUUCCUCUCGCGGCGAUGAGAGGGCUAUGCAACUCUACGACGAGGCCACCCAGGAUCUGUUAAACUCAGUUCAUGAUUCUAGCCGUGACUCCGUUCUAUGUGCGGUGGUGGCUCUGGUCCUUGGCUUCUUUGAAACAAUGUCACCGCCAUCUUCGCAUCGCAGAGCUCAUAUUGCCGGCUCGCGAGCUUUGAUUCGAGAAUGUGGCUGGACUUCGAAGACUCCAGGCCUCGGUGGAGCAUGUUUCCGAAUCAGUAUUGGUACAGAGAUACUCAAUUGCGUACGACAUAACUGGAGCCUGUCCUGGGAUCCAAACAGUUGGGCGAUCAACAUGGAUACCAACCAUUAUCAUGCCUCCAAUGGGAACAACGAUGAUUUAUGGUUUCAUCGUAUCUUCUAUAUUUGUGCAAAAGUUGUGAUUUUCCAGGCAUCGUUCCAUUCCCAAAGGUUGAGCAACGACUCAACUGGGGCUACUCAGCUCAACGAUCGAUAUCAGGAAUGGGAUCUUUACAACGGCUGGUGUGAUAAUUGGGAGAAAUCGACGCCUAGGUCGAUGGCACCUCUUGGGUACCUGCAGCCCUGGCAGACAGACUCCAACUCCGCGUUUCCGGGGAUUCUGAUUACUAAAAAAUCUGCCAUUGUUGCUCGAUUGUUCUUUCAUACAACCCGAAUCUUGCUAUCCAAGUCAAACCCUAUCCAGUCACAAUUCGACGGAGAUAUGCGUGAUAUGCAAAGAGUUCACGCGCACGAAAUAUGCGGCCUUGUCGCAUGUAUUAAACAUAUAAGCCUUACAGAUCUCUCACUACGCUGUCUUGCAAUUGCUGCGGAAUUUCUAGAGACACGAUCAGCCCAAGAAGAAGUACUAGGGAUCUUCGAUGCUAUCGCUGAGAGGUCAAGUUCCAACGUUGAAUCAGUCAAGAAUGAGCUAAGGCGGAUUUGGAGCUGGGUCGAUGCUCACCCGCAUACGGUGACUCCAGCCCAAAUGCACAACCACUACUAUGAGCUCGAUCCAUCACUAUCAAUUGCGGAAUCUUCGGGCUCUUCUUUUGCUCUUGAAAACCCCCUCGUCACAACUGGGGACUUUUCGAUGGAGAAUCAUCCCUACCAGGGAUACUAUGUUCCACCUCACCAUCACCAUGCACUGGACCAGUAUCACUAUGGUGGUUAUCUGAUCUGA